AUGGGACCCGAAACAAUUACACUCAAGGAAUUCGAAAUUUGGUAUAAUCGAUUUUCCCGUGGAGAAUUCGAUCUGGAUUACGAUAUUGGUUCGAAUACUUCUGAUCUCGAUUUAUCCAAUUUGCCGAAUGAUGCUAUCGAGAAAAUCAUUGAGAGUUGUGAUCUCAAAGAGCAAUUGACUCUCCGAAAAGUGUCGAGAAGCCUGCGUUCUCUUGUCGAUAAACAUAAAGUUGCAUUUAAAUCGAUCGAGAUCUAUCCGAGACAUUCGUGUAUCUUUUAUGGCUCCGAAGCCUUGGUGACGGCUUCAGCCAUGCUCACUUCACGUGAUGGACUUCCGCAAGGUGCUCCAGAAGGUGCUCCAGAAGAUUCCGAAGUUCCUGUGACAUCUUCAGUCACUUUUUGUGAGACCUGA